UCCAGCGCGGGCAUAAAUCUGACCCGAGAUCUACCAAGAUCCAAACUCAUCCGCGAUGGCGACGACUAACCUCACUCUCUCACUCCUACUCGCCUCUCUCCUCCUCUUCUCCCUCCUUUCCACCCCCGUUUUCGCCUCUUCCCCCGCCGACGAAGACGACGAAGACCUCAGCUUCCUCGAGGAGCCGGAAUCCGCCGUGCCCGACGACCAUCCUCUCUCCGACGACGAAUACUCCGACGACGGAGAAGAUGAGGACUUCGAGAACUACGACGACUUCGAUGUGCCUUCCGAUUUCGGCCACGGCGACCAAGGGGGUGUUGCAAUUGAUGACAAGGAUGUUCUGGUUUUGACGGACCGCAAUUUGAGCAGCUUCGUGGAUGAGAAUAAGUAUGUGAUGGUGGAGUUCUACGCGCCCUGGUGCGGCCACUGCAAGGAGCUGGCGCCGGAGUACGCCGCCGCCGCUACCGAGCUUAAGGAUGCGGAUGUGAAGCUUGCUAAGGUCGACGCGACGGUGGAGAAUGCGCUCGCGGAGAAUUAUGAAGUUCAGGGGUUUCCGACUGUUUUGUUUUUUGUGGAUGGGGAGCACCAAACCUACACCGGUCAACGUACAAAGGAUGCUAUUGUUACCUGGAUCAAGAAGAAAACUGGACCUGGCGUAUCUAACAUAACUACAACAGAGGAUGCCGAGCGUAUAUUGACGUCUGAGGAGAAGGUUGUUCUGGCCUUCCUCGACUCAUUGGUGGGUCCUGACAGUGAAGAGUUUGCAGCUGCGUCAAAGCUUGAUGAUGAUGUUAACUUUUACCAAACUGCAAAUCCUAAUGUUGCAAAGCUGUUUAACUUGGAAGCUGACGUUAAGCGCCCUGCAAUAGUCCUAUUGAAGAAAGAGGCGGAGAAAGUGACACAUUUUGAUGGCCAAUUCAAAAAGUCUGCAAUAGCUAAAUUCGUCUCUGCCAACAAACUUCCUAUUGUGAUCACUUUUAGCAGAGAAAGUGCCUCAAUGAUAUUUGAGAGUCCAAUAAAAAAGCAGGUUUUGCUUUUUGCCACGUCUAAUAACUCACAAGAGGCCUUUCAAGCAUUUCAAGAAGCUGCAAAUCUCUUCAAGGGAAAGCUGAUAUUUGUAUAUGUGGAUGUUGGCAAUGAAGAAGUAGGGAAGCCUGUGGCAGAUUAUUUUGGAAUCACUGGAGACGAUCCAAAAAUUUUGGGCUAUGUUGCAAGUGAGGAGACUAAGAAAUUUAUCUUUGACGGGGAAGUUACUCUAGAGACAAUAAAGACAUUCGGGGAGGCUUUUGUUGAAGACAAGCUCAAACCAUUCUACAAAUCAGACCCAAUUCCCGAGAAUAAUGAUGGUGACGUAAAAAUUGUUGUUGGGGACAAUUUCGAUGAUAUUGUUUUGGAUGAGUCUAAAGAUGUUCUUCUUGAGAUUUAUGCACCGUGGUGUGGUCAUUGCCAAUCUCUCGAACCAACAUACAACAAACUCGCCAACCACUUGCGUGGUAUUGAAUCUCUAGUCGUGGCGAAAAUGGAUGGAACCACGAAUGAACACCCCAGAGCCAAGGCUGAGGGAUACCCCACAAUUGUCUUCUUCCCAGCAGGAAAGAAGAGUGCCGAUCCUAUUCCAGUUGAGUCCGAGCGAACAGUGGUGGCGUUCUACAAGUUCAUCAAGAAGCAUGCUUCUAUCCCGUUUAAGCUAUCUAAACCUAGCUCGUCUCCGGCAUCGUCAUCUGACGAUUCUCACACCAAGGAAGAUGCGACGACCUCCUCCAGUGAUGUCAAAGAUGAGCUAUAGACACUAUUUACUCAAUUUCGACAAAGUCUCUCUAGUCUGAUUGUGCUAAUAGGAAGCUGAAUAAUUAAUUACCAGUUUUGGUUAUAUAUGAUCAAGUUUUUAGACCAAGGGUACAUUGCUAAGUUUAUUUUAGAUAACUUAUAAGUUCCAACAAGUUAUGAAAUGUUUCAAGAGAUUAUAAGAUAUAAUAUCUCAAAGGUUUAUACAUUUUUCAA